AUGACAAAAGUUACUGUUGAUACAAAUAAUUAUGAAUUAACAGAACAUGAUUCACAACGUGUGAUAUCACCGACUGAAUCUAAUAAAACCGAUCAAAAAUCAGUUUCUUAUGACAAUCCUGUAUUUUCGGAUCAACGACCAUCAAUAACAAGUCUUGGAAAUGGAACACUUGUAACAACAAAAUUAGAAAUAAAAAACGGAGAAGCAGAUGAUGACGAUGAUAUUGAAGAUAAGAACAAUGAAGGGUUUGAAAGACUAACAGGAGAUGGACAUAAACUCGGUUUAUUUGUAUUGAGUUUUGCUAUGUUUAUUCUUGUUGCUUGUGCUGUUUUUAUUGCUGCAUGGGAAAUAAUUCUUCGAAGCUCACUAGUACGUCUAAUUCAAUUUAUCUCAAGAGCAAAUAGAAAUAGGCCGGCAUGGAUUCGAAUUAGUAAGCUAUUGAAAAGGGUUGCGCAUAUCUUAGUUUUUCUUGCUGUUGCUCUUUAUGUUGGAUUAACAGUAGCCCAACCAAGAAAUUUAGUUUCACUCAUUGGCAUUUUUGCAUUAAUUAUACUUGGAACACUCGGUUCAAAAUAUCCUCAUCAAAUUCGAUGGAAAACCGUAUUAUAUUCAUUUAUUCUACAAUUUCUAUUGGCUGUUUUUGUUAUUCGAGUUGACGCUGGUUUUGAACUUUUUGAAUUUCUUGGACAAGAAGUAACAAAAUUUAUUAAUAAUGCAGAUGCUGGAGCUAAAUUUGUUUUCGGAGAAACUUUUGAACAACAUUUUUAUGUUUUUAAAAUUACUUCAAUAAUUAUUUUUCUUGGAUCCGUGAUAAAUGUUCUUUAUUAUUAUGGUGUUAUGCAAUAUGUUAUAGGAAAACUCGCAUGGCUUAUGCAGAAAUGUUUGAAUACAACAGCAGCUGAAUCAAUGAAUGCAGCUGCGAAUAUAUUUGUUGGUAUAACUGAAGCACCAUUGCUAAUUAUGCCAUUAAUACCGAAGAUGACAACAUCUGAGCUUCAUGCUGUAUUAGUCGGUGGUUUUGCAACAAUGGCAGGAUCUGUUCUUGCUACAUUUAUACUUUUUGGUGUUCCGGCAAAUCAUUUAAUUGCUGCUAGUGUUAUGGCUGCACCUGGUGCACUUGGGUUUGCAAAACUUUUAUUACCAGAAACACAUAAAACAAAAACAUCAUGGGAUACGGUACAAAAUGUGCCGCUAAGUGAACAACACAAUGCAAUUGAUGCUUUAAUGACUGGCGCUGGAAAUGGAUUAAAAAUUUGUGGUUAUCUAAUUGCAAAUUUGAUAGCAUUUAUCAGUGUUCUCAAUUUUCUUGAUGUAUCAAUAUCAUGGUUGUUUAAUCUUGUGCAUCAUCCUGAAGUUAAUUUUCAAUAUAUACUUGGUUUACUCUUUUAUCCAUUUGCACUUAUAACCGGUAUAUCACUUCGUGAUUGUCUUCUUGGAUCAAAACUAAUUGGUAUUAAAGUUAGCAUAAAUGAAUUUAUUGCUUAUCAAGAACUUGGCAAAAUUCGUAAUUUGCGUAAUGAACUUAUAAAAAAUAAUACAUUUCCGUUGUAUUUAAAUGGUACAUUAACAUUACCAAAUGAUGUUUCAAUGUUAUGGGAUGAAAGUUCAUUAGUUAUUAUGACUUAUGCUCUAUGUGGAUUCGCCAAUUUUGGUUCAAUGGGUAUUGCAUUAGCAGCACUUAGUGUAUUUGCACCUACACGAAAACGUACUUUAAUUAAAAUUGCACCACGUGCAUUGAUCGCUGGUAAUAUGGUCUCAUUGAUGACUGCAUCAAUUGCUGGUCUACUUUAUGAUCCUCUAAAUGUACGAGGAUCACCAAACCUUACUAAUACUACAAUGAUAUGA